AAUCGUAACUAGACAGCUGUAUAGGUCACGUGGAAACACCGGCUUUAUUUAUCGUGCAUAUUCCUCAGCAAGCAUAGUACACGAAAAAGAAAGUUGAGAUAGUCGAUUUGUUAAACCUGGGUUUCUGUUAUAUGCAACUAAAAUGAAGGCCUUUCUGCUUUUAGUUUUAGUAAGUGUCACAUUUGCAGACCCUACAGUUUUCUUCAAGGAAGAAUUUGCUGAUGGUGGUAAGUAAAUGGUGCUAAUUAAAUACUAAUAAUUUGUUAAACUAACUAUAUUAGUAAUUAGACCUAAUAAUUAAUAUUUGUAUCAUUCUGAGUCAAGAAGUGAGAGGCCUAUAUUGAGUGGCUUCAUUUUAUAAAGUAUGACUAAGUCACUACGGAUUUCGAACGGUAUUUGCAAAGAUAAUAUUAUUUAAUUUGAUGAUUUAAAUGUUGGCUAAAUCCCAGAUUUGAUGAAGCCAAUGUUUUUCUGUAACGCUGGUUCUGAUAGUCUUUUGUAAGGUAACUCUUAAACUUAAACUAGUCUCACUAAAUCUUGCCGACUGCAAAUUCUGGCCCGUUGGAAGUAUUGGUAACUUAGCCUAACAGUUUACUACAGUGUCACAUUCAAUGUGCCUGCUCUAGCUUUUGUCACUUUUGAUUUGAUAGUGUGACUAUGUUAGUACUAAGGCAAAGGUUCCAAAGUUAACUAUCACCAAUACAUAUGGUCAGGACAUGGCCCAUAUACUCCCACCAAAGAUCAUUGGUUUGAGGUUAAUGAAAAAUGACUCACUAGUAGGAACUAUGAUUUACAGAGGCCAUGACCAGUCUAUUAUUCUCUCAUGUUCUUUUAUUUUUUUUAUUUGCAGCAAAAUGGACAGAAAGAUGGGUGGAGUCUAAACACAAAUCAGAUAUUGGAAAAUUUGAGUUGUCUGCUGGGAAAUUUUAUGGAGAUGAAGAAAGGGACAAGGGUGAGUAAAAGAAUUUGUUUAAAAAGAAUUGUAUAAUUUUUAACUGGUUUAUUGUUUUUAGGGUUGCCUAUUAUCUCUGUUAUGACAUACACAUUCUAAUAACUUUAAAUAUAUUUUAUUCUUUAACCAGAUUUGAAUUAUUAAAAUUAAUUAAAAAUGUAUUUGCAGGUUUGAAGACAACUCAGGAUGCUAGAUUUUAUGGGUUAUCUGCUAAAUUUGACAAGUUCAGCAAUGAGGGAAAGACUCUUGUUGUUCAGUUUUCGGUGAAGCAUGAACAGAAUAUCGAUUGUGGAGGAGGCUAUGUGAAACUGUUCUCAAGUGAUCUAGAUCAGACUGACAUGCAUGGAGAUUCUCCUUACAAUAUUAUGUUUGGUAAGUUUUCUCUCUUUAUAAUCUUGUUUAUCCUAGCAUGUCACUGCAACACAAUUUUUUCAUAAAGAUUUAGUAGCAAUUAAUGUUUGUUAAUUUUUUCUUGGACUUUGUUUUCUAACAGGACCAGAUAUUUGUGGACCCGGAACCAAAAAAGUUCAUGUUAUUUUCAACUAUAACGGAAAGAACCUGUUAGUCAAAAAGGACAUCAGAUGCAAGGUAUUUAAGAUUGUAAUUUAGGCAAGAUUUGAUUGUAAUUGAGGCCUCUUGAUGUGAAGCAUGUCUUUUAAACUUGUUAAAAAAAAAUCUUUGUCUUUGAAUUAAUGAAAUAUUUCUUUCAAUAGGAUGAUGUCUACACACAUGUGUACACAUUGAUUGUUAAGCCGGAUAACACUUAUGAGGUCAAAAUUGACAAUGAGAAGGUUGAGAGUGGAGAUUUGGAGUCUGACUGGGAUUUCUUGCCUGCAAAGAAGAUUCCUGUAAGUCUUUAUUUUUACUUGUGUGAAACUUUUUGGGAAUGACACUAUGUGCAUUAAGUUAAAUUUGUGUAAUAUUUUUUUUUUUUUUUUUUUUUUUUUUAAACUGAAUUUUACCCCCUUGUAACUCACCUGUUAUAUUUUACUUUUAUUCUUAGGAUCCCAAUGCCAAAAAGCCAGACGACUGGGAUGAGCGUGAGAAAAUUGAUGAUCUGAGUGACACCAAACCAGAAGACUGGGACAAGCCUGAACACAUCCCAGAACCUACAGCCAAGAAGCCUGAUGACUGGGAUGACGAGAUGGAUGGGGAAUGGGAACCACCUAUGAUUGAUAACCCAGAAUUUAAGGUUUCAUUUCUUUCUAGUCCCAAAUUUGUCAAGUUUUAAAGUCUUCCCAUUCUUGACUGUAAAAAUUAUGCUUUUAUUUAGGGUACGUAUGUCAGUCUAGUUAUAACUUCACUUAAACUUUGACAGCCCUAGUUUUAAGUCAUUACCUUUUAUUGUUUAAUUGUUUUGUCACCUCUUCAUUCAUUCAUUCCUCUUCUGCCCUCUCUAGGGAGAGUGGAAACCUAAGCAAAUUGACAACCCAGACUACAAGGGUAAGUGGGUUCAUCCUGAGAUUGACAAUCCUGAAUACAAACCUGAUGAUAAGCUGUACAGAUAUGAAGAUUUUGGUGCUAUUGGCUUGGACUUGUGGCAGGUCAGUGAUCAGUUAUCUAGAGAGAAUGUUCGUAACAACUAUUUCAGAACUCAUCCAUUUACUUAUUCAAAAGGGCGAUUUCUAAUCUCUCUGUCCUUUUAGCAUUAUGUUUUUUUGUUUUUUUUUAAAUUAAAUUUCCAGUCUUGCAUGUAGUGAUGUAUCUUCUACUUCCAUCAAAGCGUUUGAUAUAUCUAUUGGUUGUGGGUCUUGAUAUUCUCUCGGAUAGUAUCCUGUUAUUGUACCUCAUGUGUAAAUAUGUAUGUUCCUUAUAACUUAAGUUAAACUGCAUAGUGAGUCUCUUUGUCUUAGGCCUUGUCAAAUCUGAAAUUCCCUUGAAUAUUCUCCCUGAACCUUGGGAUUUUGCUGCUUUUGGAGUUCUUUAAUGUUAAUGUAUCCGUCUUGUCAGUUUGUUGGUAUGUCAAACUUCUACAGAUUCUGAUGCUGUCCUUAGGGCAUUUUAUAGUCCACAUAGAGUUGAUACUGAGGUAUUAUAUUCUUAACUUUUCUCUAAUAGGUUAUAUGAUGGUGAAAAUCUGAUCAGCUGUCCCCAUUUCAGACUCAGUUAGCAUGAUACCUAAUGUAUUUUUAACUUUAUUCCACCUAAUGUAUUUUUAACUUUUACCUUAUUUCAGGUGAAGUCUGGAACCAUCUUUGACAACUUCCUAAUUACAGAUGACGUAGAUUAUGCUGAACAGUUUGCAAGGGAUACAUGGGGCAAGUCUAAGGAUCUUGAGAAAUCAAUGAAAGAUGCUCAGGAUGACGAGGAAAGAAAACAGAGAGAGGAGGAAGAAAAGAAGAGGAAAGAUGAGGAGGAUUCUACUAAAAAAGAUGAUGAUGAUGAUGAAGAGCCAGAGGAUGAAGGUGAAGAUGAGGCAGAGGAAGAAUCUGUACCAAAAGAUGAAUUAUAGGCAGCACUGACAAAUAGGUUGUUUUCAUUAUCAUUAUGCAUUAGGGUCUCUCAUGUUAGCUUCAUUACCUUCACAUGUUUGAGUAUUAAGUGUCAUUUUAUUUCAUAAGUCUUAGAAUGUGAUGAUUUUGGCAAAUUUUGAUCCAAACAUUAGGUUGAAUGGGACUUUUUCUUUAGGACCAUGACUGGUUUAAGCCAAUUUUCAAAAAUUAUGUUUCAACAGAGCCCACAUUUGUCAUAAUAUAUUUGCUCUGAGACACAGCUAAAUCACCAGUUAACUUGCUAUGUUGCAAUUUUUCAUGUCCUGUGACUACAAUCUUGCAUUGUACUUGUGGUCCAAUAUCUGCUGUAUUCCAUUGUAGACACAUUGGGAUGUUUGUCUACUUUUUACUUUAUUUUAUGUGUGAUUGGUGUGACAAUUCUACUUUAUUUUAAGUGUACUUGGUGUGAAAGCAAGAAUGCCAAAAAGGUAUGUAAGCUUUGUGUGGGUGAUUUUUAAAUAUAUAUAUUGCAAAACUUCUUUAUUAAGGAGUUAUUUCCCCCCAAGAGUUGAGUUUUGUUGUCAAGUGAAAUAAAUGAUUGUAAGUGUGAUGUCAAAGAUGGUGAUUACCAGAUAUCAUUAUUUGGUAUUAAAUUAAUUUCUUCUUAAUUGUUGACUUUGUUCUGUUGAUUUACCUGUUUAUGAUGAGUUCAAGCUUCAUUUAGCACAUUUCCAGAAAAUGGAUCAAUAAAACUCAUGCAUUUGUAAAUAUUCUUUUGCAAUGAUUUGAGUUCAAAGGUGUGUUGGCUUGUGUAGUAGAUAUUACCUUCUAAUAACUUCUAAUAAUUAUAAUCCAAGAUUCUCAAACUUGGGCAAGUAAAGACAUAAGUACCUAGCUUUCACUAUAAAUAAUGGCAAAUUCUUUAUAAAAAAAAGUCAACAAAAUUUCUGGUAGAUUAACAUAAUUCUACAGUGCAAUAAUUGGAAGCCUUGGGAUUACGUCUGGUGUGGUAACAAACACCAUUUACUCUUAAAGCUAGCAAGGUCACACAAACUAAAGAUCCUUCACUUGAACUAAUUGAAGAAAAUAGUUUAACAAUAUUUUUGGAUUUCAGCCACUUCAUCAGCAGGGGUGAAUUCUUACUCCAGUUCUGGGAUAAAAAGAUGUACAAUUUAUUUUAUGGCUACAGAAAUACUAAUGAUAUUUCUUGUGUUUAAAUUAUUGUAACAUAUCUUGGUUAAAAGAUAGGUAUUGCCCUGAAAAAGCUUUUUGAUUUAUUUGUAUCAAAGAAUAUUUUUUUGCAUAAACACACCCAAGUUGUAGCUAAUGUAAUUCUAAGAGUUCUAAUUAAAAUAUUAAAACAAUUCAAAGUUUUUAAAAUCACAUUUUAUUAACAUUUUCAACUAAGGGUUUAAUAAUUACUGCUCUCAGCAUGUUUGAAAAAUAAUAAAAAUAUACAAUGAAAACACCUGUCUUAAAAUACCAUAUUUUCCAGCAUCACCCCCUAGUUUUCCUUUAGGGUUUUGGGCUGUAUACCAGCUUAUAAGACACCCCCACCUCAUUUGAAAAGAUUUUUAUGGGUUUAAAAGUCCACUUAUU